CUCACCGCACGUAGGCCUACACACACGCACACAUACACAGACUCACCACUCUCCACACACACACACACACCGGCCAUGCCAUCCCCGUCAGACUCCAGCAGUGUGGUGUCAGCCUCUGGGUCUAGGGGCUGGUCAGAUAGCCGCCGGGGCAUGUCUGGCCGUCAAGGUGGGGCGAAGCUGCUGCUGUACCUGGGACUGUGCCACCUGGGCCUGGGGGCCAUGGUCCUGGCCUUCUCCUUCACCAGCAUGGCCUUCACAUCCUCCACCCGCGUCCGACAGUCCUGCCCCUUCUGGGCCGGCUUCUUUGUUGUGGCGUCAGGGAUUGUUGGACUUAUCUCAUGGAGAAGACCACUCACUCUUGUGGUGUCCCUCUUCAUGCUGCUGUCUGCUGUGUGUGUCAUCCUCAGUCUGGCUGGAUCCAUGCUCUCCUGUCAGAACGCACAGAUGGUCAAAUCACUCCUCACCUGCCAGGUGGAGAACGGGUUGUGUGUGUGUUGCGCCCCGACACACUCCUGCUCUAUAAACGAGGAGGAGACCCUGGUACUCUACCUAAACGCAGACUGCCACUCUGUCAGACAUCAGCUGAAGGACCUGUUGUUCAGUGCUUGUGGUCUGAGUAUUCUCUCUACCAUCAUCUGUACUCUCUCUACUGUCACCUGUAGUAUUCACAUCUUCUCCCUGGACCUAGUGCACCUGCUCGCCCCGCACCGCUCUCGCUCCGUCAACCCAGAAUGCACCACUCCUCAGGAUGCCUUCCUAACCAACAUCAUGGACUUUGAGGAGUUUGUCCCGCCCAUCCCCCCGCCCCCCUACUACCCCCCUGAAUACACCUGCAGCUCUGAGACAGACGCACAGAGUAUCACCUAUAACGGGUCGAUGGAGAGUCCAGUCCCUCUGUACCCCACUGACUGUCCCCCUCCUUACGAAUUAGUGAUGGGACAGAGAGCAGCUAGCCAGGCCACGGUGUUUGACAGCCAUGGGAACGAGCUGUCUGGAGAGAGGGCCACAUCCACUGCCUUCAGCGGAGAGGUCUCCAUGGACAGUGGUUCUCUGUUGAUGUCGGAGAUCGUUGACAUCCCAGAUGACUCGUCACCUUCAGAGGACUCCUGCCUCGUGGGGGUGGGGGUGAGGGAUAGGGGGGAGAGACGGAGCACCAGGGGAGUGGAGGGGGGAGACGGGGGAGAAGGAGGGGAGUAUGUGAGCUUCCGUGGCCCCCCUCCCCAGGCCCCAGAGAGUCCCCUGGUAGAGAGUCCCCUGGUGGGCCCCAGGGCCAGGCGAUUCUUCAGAGGGGAGAGGUCCAACUCCUGCUCCUCAUCUAGCACUGCUACAGCUACAUACAGGUCUCCAGUGUUGAGGCGACAGGCCAUGUUAGCCAGUAGUUGUUCCCAGUUGGAGCUGCUAGGGGGCGCCACCUCUCACCAGCGCUCCUCUAUCCUAGAGAAACGAGUCAGGCCCUGCACCCCUUUACGACGUGGUUCCGCCUCUGCCUCUGCAGCUCCUCCCACUUCCUCAUCCUCAGCUGUCAAUCAGCCGGGCUGUCAGGGCAACGGGGUGCCCCUCCCCCUACAGCCAUUGUACCUGCGUCGUCGGGGCGGAGGGAGCGAGAGGAGGGAUAGUGAUGGGCUUCUUCCCCUAGUGAGGUCACACAGCGAGCCUGGCCUCAGCUCUUCUGCUGAUACAGUUGACUUCAGUUGUGGCUCAGUGGGCAGUAAAGGAGUGAGGGUGGGCUCUCAGACCUCUACAGACACAGGUCCGUCCUCCGAGGCAUGCCUUCUGCCCCACUCCUCUCUGGUGCCGCCCUCAGCCCUCCUCCCCAGGAAGGGCAGUGUGAAGGCAGCCACCAUGGGGCGCACCUUGCCCCUCUCCAAAGGCCCCGCCAACUCUCCCUUGCACCUGCCCAAAGAAUGCAACCGCUCUCUUGGGGACCUCAAGGUGACGAGGGGGUUGGUGGCUCGCUUCCUGCAGCGCUCCAAACGGAACCUGGCGUCCGCCACAGAGCAUUCUGGGAACACGGGACAGGGUCAGAAAAGGAGAGGCGGGGCGGAGGGCAACGGGACAGGCCAUCUCCCUUUAGAGCAGGUGUUACGUAACUCCUGGGGGGCCAGCCGGGGAUCCCACCCCCCACACCCUCAUCACCGCGGUCACCACCACUCUCAUAGUGACAGCCGCCACAACCGCCGUCAUAGCAACCAACCCCCUGUGACGGAGGGGAUCCACCUGCGCAGCUGCGGCGACUUAAGCUCCUCCUCCUCUGCAUCGCUAUGGCGAUUACUGACGGCCAACCCCCCUCACGGGUCAUCAGGGGCGCUGUACACAGAGUCAGCCCUGUGAGAGGGGGAGGAGGGAGGAGGAAAAGGAGAGGAGGCAGAAAGUGUACCCACACAGAGGAGAGUGGAGGCAUGGUAUGGUGUAAUGAAGAGGGAGGAGGAGAGGUGGAGGAUGGUAGGAUGAGUUAGACAGGGGAGAGGAAGGAUGAAGGAACAGGCUACUGACAUAUCCUGAUGGGCGGUGGAGGGAGUCAGCACUAUGAGGAGGGAACGACUGGACCUUUACUACAGCCUUGUUCCAAUACUUUCAACAUGCAUCCUUCCUCUUUCCCUUCCCCUUGGAGCCCUCCUCUGCACCUGCGCCUGGCCUGGCCUUCCUUUCCUGAACUUUGACCUCUCAACUCUAACCUCCUAUCUUCAACCUCCACCUAGCCAUACUGAACACACCUCUAUCUGUCCUCUCCAACUCUCUGGGAUCUCUCUCUAACUUCAAGACUAGAGAGGAUGGAGAGAAGGAGUAGGAUAAUGAAGUUUCCCCUAGACUCUUAGCUAUGGUCAGUUGAGUGUUUCUCCUCCUAAUGGUUAAGGUUAGGAUCAGGGGAAGGUAAGCUGAUCUUAGAUCUGUGUCUAGGGUAAACACUUUUCUGGAGCUGUGAGCAUCACUCCACUCUUACACAAACCACCUACACUCAUUCCACUGCACACACGUGUUGGAUUGUGCUGCUCACUCUUUUUCAACACUCAAAUGUACAUUCAUUUGUCCAGCUCUUCAUCCAGAGCGAAACUCACUUUAAGUGGUCAUGGAACUCACCUUUUUGUCUUCCACUGGUGAAAUGGUUCACCUUCCUUUUCUCCUGAUGACACUGUAAAAUGUACAGAAAAGAUUACACUCGUUUUGCUGACUGAAAGUGAAAGUUUAAUGGCCUGCUAGUGUCGCCGUAUGUUUACAAUCUUACAUUGUUAUUUUUAUUUAUAUUUUUUUGUGGUUAAUUUUCUUGAGGUAAAAUCAACAUGUAAUCCUCAACACCCCUUACCUAGUCCAUCUCCUUCUGCCUUCAGAGGAAAGGUGCCUCAAACUCAAAACUCACACACCAUCUACCCCAAACUCAAAAUGAACUCCAUUACACCGGUCUAAGACAUCAUACUCUCAAACUCAGCAUUUCCUCUCUCUGAGAUGACCUUGGACAUAGCGAUUUGAUUUGUAUGCCUGCAUGUUAUGCUACAACACCCCAAAAUGUACUCCAAAUGAAACAGGAGCCUUGUUCAAAUACCACAACUUCCCUCCCUGUGUAUCAAAUCCUACACAAUAACUAACUUUCCCCUAAGAAUGACUUUAGCUGCAUGUUUUGGCAAUUCUUCGUACUUUUCUCCCUUCCUCUCUCUCUCUCUCUUGCGCCCAAAACCUAGUUGUUCUGAGCCUUUGGAAAUGUGUUCAUGUAUAGUGAAGGGGAUGGAUCAAUGUUGUGCUGUUGAACCCAGAGCCGUAGAUAUACUGAGUUGUAACUAUCAUCCAUGAACUCUGUGAUGUGUAUAGCUCUGGCUGAACAAUUAUGUAUGAUCAAUUGCACUUCAGUAUGAUUCCAAAAGCACUAAAGAGAUUCUUGCAAUAAAUGUACAGAUAAGUUUGUAUAGAUGUUGGGGAUCAAAUAUUCAGGACGGUUGUUCCAGCAAGACUUAGUGGGAUAUAGAACUAUGAGAAUAUGGAUAUAAUAGUCUGAUACUGGAGGUUGGACGACAUAAAGUGUGCGUUAUUCUUAGAGGAUAUACUGUCUCUGGAUUGGACUAGAAAGCUGGCUAACCUCAACCCAGUCGGACAAGAGUUAGACACUCAAUGGCGAUAUUGGGCCCAUAUCUGUGAAGACUUAAGUUUUGAAUAUACACACAAUUAUGUAUGUAACUUAUUUAAACACAACACACAGAUACACAUAUGCACACACACACACACUGACACACAACCACACACACACACUCACACACACACACACACUCAAACACACAGAAGCACUGAGCUGUGUUAAGAAUUUAGCUAUAAUUUCUACCUCCUAUUUUGCACAUUGUAUAAUUGUAUGGCUUGACGUGAUAGAGCCUAACUGAAUAAAUGUAUUAUUCUCUUCAAAUAUGAUACAUAAAUGUUCUAAUGCAAGAACUUUUAAUGCAAGUCAUGUAUUUCAACAUAUUGAAUAAAUUAUCCACAACAUGAAA